AAUAUUAGACACACAGAAGAUGAAGCUUCUCCAAAGACCUCAAAAACUCCACAAGAGACUCUUAUUUCUGAUGGUCUUUUCUCAGCAACUGAAGAGCAGGAUCCAUCACUUCUGGCAGAAGUCACCCCAGAUCCCUACAUAAUGAGUCUUCAGAACCUGAUGAAAAAGUCAAAGGAAUAUAUAGAAAGAGAACAAUCUAGACGCAGUCUGAGAAGCAGUAUAAAAAGGAGUGUUAAUGAAAGUCAUUCAGACAAAGAAAAUGAAGCCGUUAAGGUGACUGAUUAUGUAAAAGAGAAGGCCCAGUUGAUAGGCAAACACUGUGGCUCAAUUAUUCCUGACAAACCAAGCCUUAAUAAAUCAAAUGUUCUUCUCCAAGGUGCUUCCACUCAAGCAUGCAGCACGAAUAUGUCAGUUUUAGCUAGCUUUUCUAAAGUGGACAUACCUAUACCAACUGCCCAUUCCACUGUUCUAGAUUCUGAUUCUGAUUUUAAAGCUAUUCCUACUUUUGUUACUGAAAAUAAUAUUAUCAAAAGUCAUACAGGUUCAUAUGCCAGAUUACCUAGUCCAGAGCCAAGUAUGAGUCCUAAAAUGCAUCGAAGGCAUUCCAGGCCAUCAUCAGCAUGUCAUAUACUUAUAAAUAACCCAAUAAAUGCCUGUGAAUUAAGUCCUAAAGGGAAAGAACAGGCAGUGGAUAUAAUUGUUCAAGAUACUGAUGAAAAAACAAAUGUACCUGAAACCGUGCCAAAGUUACCAACUGAUUUAACAGGAGUUUGUGCAAGCAAGGUUUAUGUCAGCAAAAAUAUGCCUGAAGCCAUUGAGGAUAUGGUUUUAGGUAAAUCAAAUCAGGUAUGUCAAUCUUCAGGAAAUCAGUUAGAAAAUAAAGUUACUCAUGGACUUUCUGCUGUGGAAGAUCAAUUAAUAUCUGAUGAGAGAGGAGCACACAAAAUGAACAGUACUUGUACUGCAGUGUCAAAAUUGCAUGAACCUUAUGCUACCAGUCAGUGUAUAGCAAGUCAAAACUUUGGAACUGUGAGUGGACUCAAGUCAACCAGUAUGUUAGAGAAAAACUCCUGCAAUUUACAAAUGGAACUGAAUAAGUCUUAUGAUGUAAAAAACCCAUCCCCUUUACUAAUGCAAAACCAGAAUACCAGACAGCAGAUGGACAUAUCUAUGGUGUCCUGUGGAAAUGAACACUUUUUGGAUAACAGUUUUGAGAAAGCUAAACGGAGACUUGAUUUAGAUAUUGAUAGUUUGCAAAAAGAAAACUGCCCUUAUGUCAUAACUGGAAUAGCAGAACAGGAAAGGCAACAUUUGCCAGAAAAAAGAUACCCUAAGGGAUCUGUUUACAUCAACAAAAAUAAAAUGUUAGAAAGUAGUUCCAAAGAAGGCGAGGAGAUAUUAAAAAGCAAGAUGUUAGCUUUUGAAGAAAUGCGGAAGAGAUUAGAAGAACAGCACGCCCAGCAGUUAUCACUACUCAUCGCUGAGCAGGAAAGAGAACAGGAAAGAUUACAAAAGGAAAUAGAAGAACAGGAGAAAAUGUUAAAAGAGAAGAAGGUGAUUACAGCUGAAGCCUCUGAAUUGGAUAUUAACAAUACGGUGGAGUUAGAAUGGAGAAAAAUAAAUGACUCUAGUUUGCUAGAUACAAUGCUAUCUCAAGUGGAUUCCCUCCAUACUUCAAAUUCAAAUAGUUCUGGUUUCACAAAUUCUGCCCUACAAUAUAGCUUUGGUUCUGCAAAUGAAGCACCAUUCUACCUCUGGGGAUCAUCAAGUAGUGGCUUGACCAAACUCUCAGUAACAAGGCCUUUUGGAAGGGCCAAAACUAGAUGGUCUCAGGUUUUUAGUCCAGAAGUACAAGCAAAAUUUAACAAAGUAACUGCAGUGGCAAAAGGAUUUCUUACUCGUAGGCUUAUGCAGACAGAUAAGCUGAAGCAACUUCAACAAACUGUAAAAGAUACUAUGGAAUUCAUAAGGAAUUUUCAGUCAGAAGCACCAUUAAGGAGAGGUGUUGUUUCAGCACAAGAUGCUUCACUUCAGGAAAGAGUGUUAGCUCAGUUACGAGCUGCCCUGUAUGGUAUUCAUGACAUAUUCUUUGUAAUGGAUGCAGCUGAAAGAAUGUCUAUUCUACAUCAUGAUCGAGAAGCUCGCAAAGAGAAAAUGCUCAGGCAAAUGGAUAAAAUGAAAAGUCCACGAGUGGCUCUUUCAGCUGCAACACAGAAAUCUCUUGAUAGGAAGAAGUACAUGAAAGCUGCUGAAAUGGGAAUGCCAAAUAAGAAAUUUCUGGUUAAACAAAGUCCUUCUGAAACAAGAGUCCUUCAGCCAAACCAAGGACAGAACGCACCUGUUCAUAGGCUACUUAGUAGACAAGGGAGUAUAUGCAGGAAAAACCCAAAGAAAGCAGCCAAAUGUUGCGACAAUUUAAGAAGACAACAUUCAUUAGGAUAAAAAAGGGGGAGAAUUAUUAUCCAUAUUAUUUUCCUGGCUCAAGACUUUGUAGUUAACCCUGACUCUGUUUACACAGGCAAAGUGACAUCAAAGGGCUCAGCAAUUAUCUGGAUAAUUUAGUCAGUCUGGCCAAUUCCUGCCCCACACCCCCAUUUUCCUCUUAAUAUUAGGUUUUGGUGAAGACAAAAAUGUGUUUAGUAAUUGCCUCAUCUCUAUGCUUAACCUAUAAAACAUAAGUUUGUUUUAUGUGCUCAGAUGUCUACAGAGACCCUUUUUGUAAACUUAAAGGACAUUUGGAUUUAUUUUUACAAAAUAUUGAAGUGAUAUGACAAAUUAUAAAUAAGUUGUAAAACAAAUUUCAUUCAUUUCUACCUGCUGAUUGCUGAAUUUGGUAAACAAAUUAGACACUUCUAUUCAAGGGGGAAUUAUUGUAGGAGAAUGUUUUUCUCUGGCUUUAUAACUUUAAAAACUAGGAUUAGUCUCUCAGUGUCCAUAUUCUUCUAUUUACAAACAGUAUAACCACUUACCUGCUGAUUCUGGUCCACUUAAAAUCUGCUACUAAAGUAGCUGUGGGUCCUGUCAACAACUAGUUGUCUCACAGAAAUGUUAGGUUUCACAGAUAUAACCCUAGUACCAUUUGAAACAUUUGUACUAGAUAAGAUUUUUUUAUGGAGGGUAACAAAUUUGGGGAAGAUAGCACAAUCUUCAUGAAUGUAGCACUUAAUGCAUUAUUACAUCCAUUUCUGUAAAAUAAGAAUAAUGUGUUGCAUGCAGUUAUAUUUUCUAUUUAGUCUGUACAUUUUGUUUCUUCGUAGUAUGCUUUUUCUGGCAUGCUUGAUUUAGGAGAGAAUAAAGGGCUACAGAAUAUAAUAAUAAAUCUGUAUUUCAAAUGGGAUUAGUAAUGUUGCCUAGUUAAAAUUCUGCAUUACUUAAAGGCACUGAUGGUUAAGGUUUUUCAUCAUUAACAUAUUCAUUUAAAGUAUCAACCAAAAAAUGUUACCAAGAGAACAUGAUUUUAUGAAAGAGAAUAUCACUGUUAAUUUAUCAUACCAUUUCCAAAAAGGUCUUUGUGCAUCUCACAUAAAAUUGGGACUAUGUAUAUUUAAUCUUUCUAACUUGAGUUUUAAAGAGAUACUGGUAUUUUGAAAAUGCAGCGUAUAUAUAUUCUUAAUAUCCUUUUAAGAAUAUGGAGAUAAAGAUUGUUUCUUUGAUUUCUGUUCCAUUUAAAAUUUAACUUUUACAUUCAGUUGUAGACAGAAAAUAACCUACUCUGGCUGUAAACUUGGUUUUCUUUAUUGAGAUGUAUCAUUUAUUGAAUGAGUGAACUACAAAAUUAGAAGACAGUCAAAAAAAUCUGAGUUACCAAUUUUUUAUUUGUAGGCAACAUAUAUCAAAUUAUUAUCUUCUUAAUAUGAUAAACUAUGUUUUAUCAUUCUGAAAACUCAGGAUACGUCUUACUUAUAUAAUAAAGAUAGAUGCUAAAAGUUGUGUGUAUACUAAUGCAAAUUAGU